AUGUCCCUGUCCCCACCUAGGCUCCCCUCAGAGCCUCUCAAUCAUCCCCCAGGAGCCCCUAGGGAGCCGGACAUUGCUGGAUGCACCGUCUGUCUUGCAUCUGGAGAGGAGACAAUCAGGAGAGAGCAGGCACAGGACUUCUUGGACCCUCCUGGGCAUGUCCAGGGUGGGUUGAGGGGCACUGAACCCCCAAGAACAUCAACGCCCUCUUUCCAGGAGGACCCAGAUGGGAACAAACACCAUGAGCACCCURGCUCUGGCCUGGAGGCCCUGGAGGCUGAGCAGGACAGUCUGCACCUCUGCCUGUUGGGGCUGGGUCUCCAGCUGCAGGACCUGGAGCAAGGCCUUGGGCCCUGGACAUUGGCCCAGCGCAGGAUGGUCCAGCUACAGGCCCUCCAGGCAGAUCUACGAGGGGCAGCUGAGCGUGUGGACGCACUGCUAACAUUUGGUGAGGGACUGGCACAGCGCAGUGAGCCCAGGGCUUGGGCAUCUCUGGAGCAGAUCCUAAGGGCCCUUGGAGCACACCGAGACACCAUCUUCCGACGGCUCUGGCAGCUGCARGCCCAGCUGGCCAGCUACAGCCUGGUGUUCGAGAAGGCCAAUAUGCCAGACCAGGACUUGGAGGUCGAGGGGGACUUGGAUGGGCCAGGACCUGAUGGGGCCUCAGGGCCCUGGGCACCCAGUAACCUCCCCACCCCUGCAGAGUUGGAGUGGGACCCAGCAGGGGAUGUUGGGGAGCUUGGACCCUCGAAGCAAAAGACAACACAGACACCAGGGCCUCUUUGUSAGCUGUGUGGCCACAGGGGCCUCCAGGGCAGGGGACAAAGUCUUGAGGUGAGAGACACCCCUCUUUCCUCACAGGAUAUGCUCUCAUUGGGGUUUAGCCACCAGAAACAUUUAAUAGGUCACCGAAGACGCUCCCUGCUCCAGAAGCCUCAGGACAAGAAGAGGCAAACAUCUCCUCGUCUUCAGGAUGUGAUGCUGGAGGUGGAUCCUGGGGCCUCUGCUCCUGCAUCCAGAUGGCCCCUGACCUUCCUCCUUAUCCUCUUCUUCUUUCUUCUGAUGGGUGUCACAUUGUUUCUGCCCAUUUCAGGGGACCCCUGCUGCUCUCAUGCCCGACAGGCCAGGAUGCCCCACCUGACGCUUAGCUAUGUCAAUGGUCUCCCCCCAAUCUGA